AUGCCGAUACGCAGGAAGCACCGCCUAGCAAAUAACCUUGGGGGAUACUCUAGGAAGAGAAUAUGUCUUAGUCCGACACCGACACCCCAGCAUGAAUGUAUGCAGCAAGGAACAGCAAAUGACACUCUUGCAUAUGACAUUCUCGAUACCGACAAUUUCAAUAUCGAACUAGACAGCGACAGUAGUGGAAGUCAGUCCGGUGAUGACAACUUUGAUGAAAACAUUGAUCACACCCCAAUCCCUCCUCCGAAAAAUGCUCUGUUUGAGCAUCUGUCUCAGUCCCAAAUAGCUCUGUCCCAUCUAGUCAGCAAGCGUGGUGCAAUAGCAGGAAACAAGGUCCAUUAUGCUGGGGCCACAAUCAACAGCAUCCCAGCAGAGCGGACCAAAUAUCUCCAUGCAGCCAAACAACGGGCUACAAAGAAAAAAGUGAACAAGAUGAUCCAAAAGACAAUGAUUGACAAGAGAAAGCAGACUAUACGCGAUCAUUUCCCCCCCAACAACAUGCCUGACUCCCAUUCCCACUUCCCCAAUCAUAAACCCAUUGUUGUCAGUGACUCGGACACUGAGAGUGAUAACAAUCAGGGUGAAAUCGACAGUGAUCUUGAUGAUUGCCACAGUGUUUUGGGUCGUGAUAACUUUGAGAUCAAUGAUGUGUCACCAACCCCAAGCGCGAGUCUGAGUCUACCACCUGAAUCACUCACAGCAACCAAUCCACAAAGCCCCUAUGCCCCAUGUCAGCAUGCAUUACCACAAACAGCUGAACAAAUUGGAAUGGACUCAUUGCAUGAAGUAGUGGCAAAUGAGGAUGACCCCACACGAACUUCUCACUGCCACUCCCAUCCAUUUGUCCCUCCCCCCUCCCGAAAAGAUGUUGACAAGGCUGCUGAAAAAAUCAGUGAAAUUGUCUGUCCCCGUAGGAAAGGCCCCGGUCAUAAGCACACAGAUCUGGACAACUUAACGCGAAUGAGACUGGAGCAAAUGCUCCAGUUGCUCCAUCUAUACAGCUCUGGCCAAGUGAGUUCACCCAGUGAAAUGGGUUGGAUCCAGGCUUCAGAGUGGAUUGCAAUCUCAUGGAACUGUGGGCCAUCAUAUGCAUCUCGGCUGCGAAAGUGGUGCCGCGAUUUCUUGGCCGAUUUCGAAACAAUCCCAAUGAACCCCUAUGGAAAGUGGAAGGAAUCCAUACUUGUGACAGAUGAGGAUCUUAGACAUGAGAUUGAGGCUCACCUUCGGAGUCUUGGUCCAUACAUCUCAGCAAUGGAUGUUGUCCGGUUCCUGAACACCCCAGAAAUGCGUGAGCGCUUGAACCGAGAAAACCCAUAUCUGUCCGAACAGGCCAACGGUGGCUGA